AUGGCUACUGCCACAAAUUUUGCAGUUUUGUGUAAUAUUAUUGCUGCAAAAGCCGUUGCCGAUGCUGUACGAACAUCACUUGGCCCACGUGGGAUGGAUAAGAUGAUCCAGUCUGGUAACGGAGACGUCACUAUCACCAACGAUGGUGCAACCAUUUUGAACCAAAUGAGUGUUGUGCAUCCUACUGCAAAAAUGCUCGUUGAGCUCUCCAAAGCUCAAGAUAUUGAAGCGGGUGACGGUACUACAACUGUCGUGGUAAUUGCUGGAGCUCUGCUAGAUGCUGCUCAGACACUUUUACAGAAA